CUCUCUUCUCACUCCAGCAACACCCUCGCCAGCCCCUGCUUCAACCUCCUCCCAUCACCCGACCCACAAUCCCGCUAUUCCAAGUCGCCGUCAUCCAAAGAACACCCCGUCACCAGGAGAAGAGAAAAAGAUGCCUCCAGCAGAUCCUAGUGGAACACCUCUACCACCAUCAGUGGAAGCCGCCUACUACCGCAAAUGCAUUGCCCUGAAGCGGAGACUGAAUGAAAUCGAAGCAAACAACGAUGCUGCACGUGUGAGGAAGCGGCGUCUAGACCGCGCGAUCAUGAAGAUGCGGCUAGAGCGUGCCUUUUUGAUGGAGCGGCUUUCGGAGAGAAUGGCACCAAACGUGGAUGAAUCAGAUCGGAGCACCAGUCCUCCACCAACCCCGCAAGAAAAGCCCACGCGCAGCAAGCGCACGGCCCGGCAAAAGACUCCGCCCGCAGAAUCGCACCACAGCGGCAGCCUGCCGCCGCACCACUCGCCCAGCGCCGCAAGCAACCCCUCGCAGCCGCACCUGCACGCCAUGCCCCCGCUGCCGCCGAGCACGCAGUCGACGCCCGACCCGCACCGCACGACAGGUGGCCUGUUCAACUUCUCCGGGCCGGGCAACCCGCCGCCGCCGGCUCUCACGCCCCUCGGCGUCAACGGCACCCCCGGCACGCCGUUCUCAGGCCACCACGCCGCCGGCGCCCACGUCCAGCACCCGGGCAUGCCCAUCACGCACGGCCUGCCACUGCCACAGCCACAGUUCCUGGACGGCCCGCCCCCCGGUGGCGCUCCUGCCGGGGGCCCUGCAUCCACGACGUCGUCGUUCGAUCGCGGCAGCGGUGGCAGCGGCGCCGGCGCGGAAAACGGCGGCAGCGCGCCCCCGCCUGCCGGCGCCGAGUACGGGCGGCCGUUUGCGCCGGCGCACUUGGGCGCUGGCGGCGGCGCGACGGGCGAGAUGAUGAGCGCGGGCCCCGAGAUCAGGACGGAUGCGAAUGGCGAGCGCAGGAUUGGCAGUGCUGGCGCGGACGCAGAGAUGAGGGACGCGCCGGGUGCGGCGGGGUUCAGUGAUGCUGGUGCUGGCGGUGCUGCUGGCGCGCCUGGCGCCACGGGGCCGGGGGGUGGGUUCACGGCUGUGAAUCGGUAGAGGGCGUGGGGAUGUGAGGGUGUUUGUGGGUGUACGAAUGUGUGUGUGCGUGGGUUGAGGGGUCAGUCCGUAUAGAGGAGAGGAGAGGAGUUCAGUUGCUUAGGCCUUUGCGUGCUUGCGUGCUUGUUUCUUAUUCGACGAGCCAUGCAUGCGUUCAUGCAUUCAUUCAUCGUCCAUCAUCCAUGAUCUAUCAUCCAGAGCGAUGCGCGCCAGACUGCAGCCAGCGAUACAGCGAUACAGCGUUAAUGGGAUCGGUCAACUCGGUAGUCCGUCAGUCCGUCAAUUAGCCACGAACGGGGAUAUAUCCCAGA